UGCUCAGUAACGACAGGAAAUAAUUACAAGCGUGCGUGAUUACGUUUUGAAGAAUGUCUAGAUAUUCAAGACCACCAAAUUCCUCUUUAUAUGUCAGAAAUGUUCCAGAUUCAUGCAGACUUCAAGUCAAGUACAAAGUAUAUGCACUCAAAAGCCAACAGGGCAAAGUAUAGUACAGAGUUACAGAAAUAAAGUAAAAAGUGUAAAGGGAGUACAGAAAGGUUAAAAGUCAAGUUAAUACAGAAUGUUAAAAAAUAUCAAGUCGUACAGAAAAGUUCAAAAGUCAUUACAGUCAAGUCAGUACAGAAAGUCCAAAAGUCAAGUUCUUAAAUGGCACAGAAAAUGUAUAAAGCCAACUUGCUAACAAGGAAAAGAGUACAGUAAAAAGUCAAGUCUGCCAAUAUACAGUACAGAACAGUACAGUGGACUCAAUCAUUCUUGACAAGUUACAUCGUGGUCAAGAAAGAUGGUAAAAUUGGUACAACUGAUGAAAAAUAUGAAGAUCCCAGAGAUGCCGAUGAUGCCUUGUAUAACUUGGACAGAACUAGAUUCAUGGGAAGAGAACUGGAGAUAGAAUUUGCAAGAGGGGAUAGAAAAACACCAAACCAGAUGCGAGGAAAGGAACGAGGGUCAAGAUAUGGUGGUAGGGAUGAUUAUGACAGACGUGGGAGCAGACGACAUAGAUCAAGGAGCAGAAGCCAAAGACGAAGGUCAAGAUCCAGAUCUCGCAGCAGAGAUAGAAGGAGGUCACGCUCAAGGUCAUACGAAAGAAGAAGAUCAAGGAGCAGGAGCAGGGGAAGGAGAUCCAGAAGUAGAAGUCGUGGAAGUAGGAAAUCAUACAGUCAUUCUAAAAGUCGAUCAAGGUCAAGAUCACAUGAUAGAAAAGGAAGUGGUGAUAGGGAGAGAUCACAUUCUUAUAGUCGCUCAGCCUCAAGAUCACCAAGAAAGAAUGACAGAAGUCGAAGUCCCUCUGCAGAUAAUUAAAUCACUAGUUUUUCUAUGGACUUAAUCUUUAUCGGAUAUCGCGAUGUAGGACAAGAGCAGUACUUAACCGAUCUGAUGUAUUAUAUAUGUGAUAAUUUUAUGUUUUUAUGAAAGAACAAGCCAGAUCCAACUGAACAAUUUUUAUUAUCAUCUUACAUUAAUGUAAAUAAUCAUGUUCAUUCUACAUGUUGUUAGUGAUGCAGUAAUAAAAUUUCAUGACAUGA